GUAACGCUUGUUGUGUUGAGUUUGAAAUACUUUCACUUUGGCUGUAAGCUUUUGAAACCGCACACUUAAAUACGUUUAUCAUUUAAAGAGGAAAAGGUGAAAUGUGGUUAGAUUUUAUAUGAACAAGGAAUAAUUUAUAUACAUCAAGUAACAUUUAUAAAGUCGACACUUAAAAUGCCAUUAAUUGAAGUACUAUCUGAGUCGUAUAAUGAAGUGAACAACUCAAAUAUUCAGUCCGUUCAAAUAGAGCCAACAACUGUAGACAACCAACUACCACAGUCUGCACCACUUAUAACUACAUUAGACUCAACUGUGGAGGUCACGGAUAAUGGGAAAGUUAUCGUACAUGAUGAAGAGAACAACAAUCUUCAAAUUGAUGAGAUAACAGAAACCCAUGAAGUUCCCAUAAACAAUACUAUUAAAGUGGAAGAAAAGGAUAACAAAAAUGAAUCAGAAAAAAAGAAAUAUCCCAGUGUUUUGACUGAGAAGUUUUUAAAGAAACACUGCAAAGAUUUGAAACUCUAUCAAACUCCAGAACUUAAUGAUGUUCUCUACCUUCAUUACAAAGGUAUUUAUCAAAUUGAAAACCUUGAGGCUUACACUGGCUUGAAAUGCUUGUGGCUAGAGUGUAAUGGCAUCAGCACCAUAGAGAACCUGGACAAACAGACAGAGCUGAGGUGCCUUUACUUGCAUCAGAACCUCAUUGGCAAGUUGGAGAAUCUGCAAGCUCUGCAAAAGCUGGACAACCUCAAUGUCUCACACAAUAUCAUUAAAAGGAUUGAACACAUCUCUUGUUUGCCAGUGUUAAACACAUUAAAUAUAUCCCAUAAUAAGCUUCAGACAGCUGAUGAUCUGGCUGAGCUGGUCCAUUGUCCGAACCUGUCCAUUUUAGAUGUAUCAUACAAUCACAUUGAUGACGUUAAUGUUGUAGACGAGGUUUUCGUUAACAUGAAAAAUCUAAGGGUUCUUAAUUUGUCAGGCAAUCCAGUUACACAGAAUAUAAAAUUCUAUCGAAAGACAUUAACUGUCAAAUUGAAAAACCUUCAAUACCUAGACGACAGGCCAGUAUUUCCUAAAGACAGGGCUUGUGCUGAAGCUUGGGCAGAGGGUGGUCUAGAAGCUGAGAAGAUGGAGAGGGAGAAAUGGGCAACUAAAGAGCAUCAAAAAUUGACAGAAAGUGUUGAUGCACUCUUAAAGUUGAGAAAAACAACACUUGCAAAGAAAAUACAAAAUGAACUCAAUGAGAAAAACCAAAGGGAAGGCAACUCUGAAAAAGUUGAAGUGGAUGAAGAAUCAAUAGACUGGCUCUAUGGAACAUACAAACUCAAGGGGGAUGAUACAGUGUACAAAAGAUCUGAAGAUGUCAGUGAGAGAAAAAGAUUAAAUGAUGAGCAAACUGAUGAACAAUCAGAAGAUCAAAAUACAGAAAACACAGAUGCCAAGCCAAAGGAAAAUGUUCCCGGUGAAGAGAUGGAAGUCAUUGAAGUUAAAAUAAAGGCAAAAGAGGAUAAUGAGGAGGAUAGUGGAAUAUUCUCACAUCGUGAUGACAAACCACGAGGACUUCUUAUCACAGAUAAUGAAAAAGAAGAUGCUGAUGGAUUUGAGGACCUUCCAGAUCUAGAAGAUUAUGAACAAACAAAUGCUGACACAGAAGAUAAACCUUACCGGCCCAUCAUUGAAAUUCUAAACGACGAUGAAGAAGAGAAUCAGGAUCAAGUCAACAGUCAUGUUCUCUCAAAGAAGAAAGUUUUAAUUGAAGAUAUCACAGUUUCUAUAUCUGACAGUAAUUUAACAGACAAUGACACCACAGAUUCACCACAAGCUGUCAAUGAAAACCUUAUUGAUUUCACACAGCUAAGCAAUAAAUGCGUUUCCCCAAAUCAUAGUGAAGACACCAAUGAAUCUACCAAAAUUUUGAUUACUGAAAUGGAGGAAGAAAGUAAUGAGAAUAACUCACCAGAUAAUGUACAAAAUAAAUAUAUUUUGUCAAGCCAAGAAGAUGCAUCUGUUGCUCGGCCCUCUGAUAAAGUUUCUGAAGAUUUGCUUGGUGCUCUAAGUUCAAUAGCAGAUUCCAAAGUCAGCAAAGAUGGGGUAAUUGACUUUUCAACCCCCGCAGGGCUGAUAAAUGGUGAUGAUGAUGACGAUGAAGGGGAGAAGAGGGUGUUUGAUGAGGAGCUUGAAGGCUUAGAUUGAAAGUUAAGAUCCAGUUUAUCUCAAUUGUAUCAACUUAAAUUUGAUAAUUACUAUUUAUAACAGACUGUAAAAAAAUAAACCACAAACAUUAAUUUUUGGGAAGUCUGAACAAAUUUAGUACAGGCUAAAAUGCACCACCUUUAAGAUAUCAAUACUCCUAAUAUAAUUAAGUUAUAAAUUUAAUGAAUAAAAACAAUCCGAUACUUUAAGUUUUAUUGGUAUAUAUUUUUUAAUGCUGCAUCCAUAAUUUUUACGUGAAGGUUUUCAGUGAUGUGAAAGUAUAUGGUACAAGUUUUUGUGUGGUCCCAUAAUGCUUUACAAUAGUUAAUGCAUUCUUAUAAGAUAUUUUAAAAUCUUUCUUAUUAUUUUAAAUCACUUUUUUGUGUUCAGAAUGUCAGUUCAAUAAAUAAAUUAUCAA